AUGGUCCCGGAACUGGAAGAGGUGGGUAUCGGAGUCGAAGACUGGGAUGCUGAGAAAAGGCGGUUCGGAGUUUCAAAACUAACAAUACACUCUACUUGUCUGUACCAAAACUUCCCGAUACUAUGCCCGGAACUCACAGCCUGCCUCUAUCACGAUAACUAUGUUCCAAAGAUCCAAGCCCAUCAGCAGUCUCUACGUUUCUCCCACCACGAAAGCCUGAAAGCUGUCACCGUCGACGUUCAGUCUCCCUGGGCAAUCCGCCACUUUUCCCCAGGCUAUGAGAGGGAACUUUCCUCAAAGAACUGUGUCACUUUAUCACAAAGCGAGGAUCCAAGUGGAAGACAUAUACAGCAGAAAUUCUUGUGGAGUGGCACCUUUUCCUCCCGAUAUCUUAUUGCAUAUCCAUAUCAUGAUAUCCUUGGUAGCCAUAUCAGCAGCCAAACUACGCUCCGGAAAAUCCAGGCUGAUAUUGUCAAAAACUCAAUCAGUAACGCCUCGUUCCCCAAGUCGCGUCGGCGGGUCGAGUUCAAUUAUCUUGUGGGCGCCUCGCUUGUGGAUGUCCAUCGUGUUAGCAAAAGCGUUCGAAUAAAGCUCGCCAACACUUCGGCAUAUAUCAAUCCUUCGAACAUCAAAUGGCUCCGUAUCUCCUAG